AUGGAUAAUCCGUUUGGACAGGCGUCCGCAAUGAGGAUACCAACCAAUAGUGGAGCAGCUAGCUCUGCUAACGGUUCAGAGCCUAUCAAUAUAAAUAUCUCAAUGACACAUCAACAGCACAACUACAAUCAUAGCCACAAUCAGCAAUAUCCACAGGGAAACUCCAGGCGGAAUUCAAUCCAUCCCAAACUUCGACGAGACUCUAUUGCCCACUCCCAAGGUAUGGGAGGAGUGUCAUGGGGUUCGGUGGCAAUCGGAUCCUGGCUAAAAGACGAUGUACUCAACCUGGCUGUAUACAAUCAAGCUCCAAACCAUCAGUUUAGUACCAAUCAUGCCAUGUUCACAUCGAAUAUGACAACCAGUUCAUCCCCUUCCAUUCAAAAUACAGGAUAUAUGGCCAAUUUGGAAGCCGACUAUUGUAAAGAUUACUCGUGCUGCGGGCAGCUAUUGCCAACAUUGCAUGAUCUCUUACGCCACUAUGAAGAGAUGCACAUUCAGCCCUCGCCUCCAGAAAUGGAGACACCCAGGUCAAAGGCGGUCAAUAGUAUUUUGGACACUGUAUCAACGAAUGAGGUGUUUUUAUCCCAUCAAGGAAUGGAGCCACAAUUUCAAGUUCCAGAGUUUGACUUUGCCGUCACGAAUAACUUUCAAAAUCAGCAUUCUGAAACUUCUGGCGUGGAUGAUCCCACACCUAAAACUCAGCCUGGAGCGACUGUAGGUGCUGGGCCUCAAUCUCAAAUACGGCAGGGCCAGCACCAACAGCAACAAUUUCCUAUGGACGAAGAUGAAGAUACGGAAAUGUGCAUUGAUGACCCCGCUCGUCAUCUAUACGUUAGUGAACACAGCGAACAUAGACCUUUUAAAUGUCCUGUUGUUGGAUGCGAUAAGACCUACAAGAACCAGAACGGUCUCAAAUACCAUCGUCUUCACGGCCAUCAGAAUCAAAAGCUACAUCCAAAUGAGGACGGUACUUUUUCGGUCAUCGAUCCCGAAAGUAACGCACCAUACCCGGACGGCCUGGGGCUUGAACGGGAUAAGCCUUAUAGGUGUGAAGUCUGUGGUAAACGCUAUAAGAAUCUGAAUGGUUUGAAAUAUCAUCGAGGACAUUCGACGCAUUAA